UUAUCAGUGUGCUCAACAUUAAACACAAAAUAUUACAAUUUUUUUUGAGUCUCCUGCAGUUUAUGGAAACUCUUCGGGGAUUUUUAAGGCACCGGAACGCCAUGGAUUCACCGCAACAAAAUGGGACUUCCGGAUUUCAAAGCCUCGUUGUCAAAAGAACCAAGUCCUGGUUGGAUCCGCUGGCAGUGUUUACGGCUGUCUUUCUGACCCUUUUCUUCUACGUUUAUGAAGUGUUCUACGUAAUGCCACAACUUUUGGGAAACUUUGGACAGACAGUCCACUUCGUGGUGGCCACUUGGCUGGCGUAUAACAUCCUGGGAAAUUUGAGGAUCUGUACCAAGACAAAGAACUCUGUGGACACUUUGCCAUCGGAGUUGUUGAAACCGCGCAAAGGGGAGGAGCAUUUGUGGCACUUUUGCGACAAAUGCCAUAGGACUGUUCCGCCGAGAUCCUGGCACUGCAAAAUCUGCAAUGUAUGCAUUUUGAAGCGGGAUCACCACUGCAAUUUCGUGGGCAACUGUGUGGGGCAUAACAACCAGCGCUACUUUAUAUGGUUCUCCUUUUACGCGACCAUCGGCAGCGGAUUGGCGCUCUUUGAUAAUGCCCUAUUCGCCUUUAAGCACCACGUUGAAGUGAUUAAUAUUUUCUCGGUCAAUAACCUUUUGAUUAGGGAGUAUUAUAGUCCUGGGGCAUCAUCCGACUUUGGCCUACAGUGCCUACUUAGGUUUGUCUUUUGGAUUAACAUAUGUGCCGUUUUAUUUCCGGGUGUCCUGUUUUUCACACAAAUAUCGAUGGUCCGAACAAACUCCGUAAUGUUUAAUACUUCCGAUCGAACCUACGAUAUGGGACUUGAAAGAAAUUGCACUCAGGUCUUUGGACGUCGUCGAUUCUGGACAUUCCUAUCGCCGAACAUCAAGAGUCCUCUUCCACACGACGGAACUCGGUGGCAAUCGAAGCCUACCAUAUAAACUAACAUCUAACCAUAUCUGACCAUUGUUUAAGAUUAUAUUAUAUUUUGGA